AGUAGUAUCCUGAACUAAGAAGCAGAUCUGGCAAACGAAGAAAGAAAAUAAAAAGAUGCUUUCAAUUAUGAACUCACCCAUUUUAACUGGCUGAUCGUUAAUACACAAGUAAAGUUUCUCUCUCUGGCUGAAAAUGUUAGUGUUCUCAAUGAAUGAAGCUUUGUUUUUCCUUUGGAUUUCCUCUAUUUUCAUUUCUUUCCUGGGUCAGCAAGGAUCAGAAGCUUUUCAGUGUGACAAUGGGGUCUCCUUGCCUCCUGACAAUGUGUGCGACUUCACAGACCAGUGUGGAGACAGCAGUGAUGAGCAGCAAUGCUCCAACUAUGAAAGGUGCGACUUUGAGGAUGGGUUGUGUGGUAUGGAACAAGAUCAAAACCUGCAACUGGGCUGGACAAAGACAAAUGGGAUGACUAGCCCGUCACCUCCAUUUCGUGAUCACAGCGGGGACACGUCUGCCCACUUCCUCUCUGUGGUGUGCAGAGCAAAUUGCACUUCCUCAGCCCUAAGAAGCAGAGUUUUCCUCUCCACUAAUGACUCACAUGCUUGUCAGGUUACUUUUUAUUACUUCUUAAGCCACAUCAGUGGCAAGCUGAUAGCAGGUCUUCAAACUAGACGCGGUGGUCCCAUUCGGCAUGUGUGGCAAAAUACAGUUGGGUUCCUAAAUCAGUGGCAAAGAAAUGUCAUCAAAAUCAAGAGCUCAGAGAGAUUUCAGGUUGUCUUUCAAGGUCAAAUGAUUGCCACCCAUGAACAGAAUGAAGUCAUAGCUAUCGAUGACAUAUCUUUCAGUUCAGGCUGCUUGGCUGCAGACGAUCAACUUUUACCAUGUCAAGAAGCACCAGAUACGAAGGAGGAGCUCUACUGUCUGAAUACAGACCUCUGCAGAUCUGAUUCUACCGAUAAGGACCUGAGAUGGUGUCAGAACUGUGGAUUUGACUCUGACUUGUGUGAAGGGGAGUCAGAGGCGUCUGCCGGGCAAAUUUCCUGGAUGUGCACAAAAGCAAAUGAGGUUCCUACAUUAGAAUCUGCUCCUCGGUGGGACCACAGUAAUAAUGAAAAAGGCCAGUAUGUAUGGUUUGGGGCAAAGCAUCCCUUUGCUCUGAGCCAAGUGGACAGCAGUGCUUAUUUAAACAGCUCUGUGUGUCAUUGCAUGGGCAGGCAAUGCCGUCUUCAAUUCUAUUACUCCAUGGAAAGCAGUAUUCUAAGAGUGGGACUAUAUAAUAAUGAGGAAGAAGAAAUAUUUUGGACGUACAAUACAUCAACUCAGAGCAGAUGGGUGAAAGCAGAUGUGUUAAUACCAGAAGGUCUGAAGGCAUUUAAGAUUGUUUUUGAAGGUGUUAUUCUGAGUGAGAGAAGUUUUAUUGGGCUUGAUCAGCUGUGGGUCUAUGCCUGUGGACAGAACCAUUCCAGACAGCUUUGUUCGGUGGAUGAAUUCACUUGUGCCAAUGGCCAAUGUAUUGCCCAAGAAUCUGUCUGUGACUCUCAGCAGGACUGCUCUGAUGCGAGUGAUGAAGACCCAUUAACUUGCUCAAAUCAUGUCACCUGUGACUUUGAGUCUGAUUUCUGCAGCUGGGAACCAUUUUUUACAGAAGAUUCACACUGGGAGUUAGUGAAAGGACUGAGCAAUGGACAGCAUCAUUUUCCCAGAGCUGAUCACACAGCUAACACAAAUCGUGGCUCAUUUAUUUAUUUUGGGGCGUAUCAGUUACCUGGAGUGGCCAAGCUUGAAAGUCCUGUCCUUAAAAAAUUGCUCACUGCUUCUUCACCGUGUCAGGUACAGUUUUGGUAUCAUUUGUAUGGGCACUCAGUCCUUUCAGUGUUCACAAAAACACUAAAUGGAAACUUGCAAAAGCAAGGCGAAAUCAUUGGAUUCUCUGAAUCUCAGUGGAGCCAAGCAAAAAUCAGUCUCUAUAUGAAAGCUGAAGAAUCCGCUUUGCCUUUUCAGUUAAUUCUAGAAGCUACUGUUUUGUCAUUGAAUGCUACUGUUGCAGUGGAUGACAUCAUUGUAUCAACGGAAUGUGAAAUUGCCCCUAAGUCACUUCCAGGUACCAACGUGCAAAACAAUGUUUCCGAUUGUGAUUUUGAAGCUAGUAGCUGUAGCUGGUUUGAAGCAGUCAGUGGUGACGAUUUUGACUGGAUAUGGAGUUCCCCAAGUGAUCUUGGUGCUGAUUUUGAGUAUCAGGCCCCUCCUACGGAUCAUACCCACAACUCGCCUUCAGGACAUUUUAUGUUCAUUAUGAAGAAUAGUAGCAACUUGUUCCAAGUUGCUAAACUACAGAGUCCAACCUUCAGCCAAACAGGACCUGGUUGUACCCUUUAUUUCUGGUUUUAUAACUAUGGCCUGUCUGUGGGAGCAGCUAAGCUAGAGCUCCACAUGGAAAACUCCAAGGAGUCAACCAUCCUCUGGAGGGUGUGGUACAACCAAGGCAACCAGUGGUCAGAGGCAGCCAUCCAGCUAGGGCGCCUCACUCAGCCCUUUUAUUUGUCACUAGAUAAAGCCAGUCUGGGCCUUUAUGAUGGGGUGUCAGCUAUUGAUGAUAUCAGAUUUGAAAACUGCACUCUUCCUCUUCCUGUGGAGAGCUGCGAAUCACCAGAUCAUUUUUGGUGUGGUCACACCAAGGCCUGCGUGGAAAAGGCUCAGCUAUGUGAUCUUGUGGAUGAUUGUGGUGAUUGGACUGAUGAGGCUGACUGUGAACCUGAACUACAAUGUAACUUUGAAAAUGGAAUUUGUAACUGGGAACAAGACACAGAAGAUAUCUUUGAUUGGACCAGGAUCCAGGGUCCAACUUCAACAAUUAAUACAGGGCCAAUGAAGGAUCAUACUUUGGGCACGGCACAAGGUCACUAUCUCUACAUAGAAUCUUCAGAGCCACAGAUUUUCCAAAACAGUGCUGUGCUACUCAGCCCCAUCUUAAAUGCCACUGAUGGUAAAGACUGCAUCUUUCGCUUUUACUAUCACAUGUUCGGAAAGCACAUUUACAGGCUGGCUAUCUACCAACGAGUCUGGAGUAACUCAAGAGGGAAGCUACUGUGGGAGAUAUUUGGAAAUCAGGGCAACAGAUGGAUGAGGAAGCUCCUCAAUAUUUCCAGCAGGCAGCCCUUUCAGAUAUUAGUGGAGGCUUCUGUGGGAGACGGUUUUACUGGAGAUAUUGCAAUUGAUGACUUGUCAUUCAUGGACUGCACCCUCUAUAGAGGUGAUUUGCCAGUGAAGCUUCCAACUCCACCGGAAACUUCCAUUCCUGUAACAUCACCUCCACACAACUGCACAGAUAAUGAAUUUGCCUGCAGAUCUGAUGGUCGCUGUGUUGAAAAAUUUCAGAACUGUGAUUUUAGAUACGACUGCCCUGAUAAGUCAGAUGAAUCAUUAUGUGUUAUGGAUGUUUGCACAUUUGAAAACCAAAGCUUGUGUAAGUGGUAUCAUCCAGUUCCAGGAAAGUUACUUCAAGAUUCAAACACAUUCAACUGGUGCCUUGGUAAUGGGAUCAGUAUACACCAUGGGGAAGAAAACCACAGGCCCGCUGUAGAUCAUACAAAAAAUACCACAGAUGGCUGGUAUCUGUAUGCUGAUAGUUCAAUUGGGAAAUUUGGUGACAUCGCUGACCUUGUCACCCCUGUUAUUUCUCUCACGGGGCCAAAAUGUACGUUGGUCUUCUGGACUUACAUGAAUGGUGCCACAGUUGGUUCGCUCCAGGUACUCAUAAAAAAAGACAACAUUACUUCUAAAGUGUGGACCCAAAUUGGACAGCAAGGUGCACAGUGGCGGAAAGCAGAAGUAUAUUUAGGCAUUCAAUCCUAUAUACAGGUUGUGUUGAGGGUGAAACGUGGCAUCAGUUACAUAGGCGACGUGGCAGUGGAUGACGUUUCCUUUCAAGGCUGCUCCCCUUUGCCUCGCCCAGACAGAAAGUGCACUGCUCAAGAAUUCUCCUGUGCUAAUAAGCACUGCAUUCCAGAGGACCAGCUGUGUGAUUUUGUGAAUGACUGUGCAGAUAACUCCGAUGAGACUGAUUUCAUUUGCAAUGCCUUCAGUGGACGCUGUAAUUUUGAAUUUGAUCUUUGUGUAUGGGAGCAGGAUCAGGAUGACGACUUAGACUGGAAUAUGAAAGUCAGCAGCAUCCCUGAGGCCAGCAGGGAUCCAGCUGUGGAUCACACCUUGGGAAAUUCGUCCGGUCACUAUAUCUUGAUAAAGAGCUUUUUUCCACAGCAGCGCAUGAAAGUAGCCAGAAUAUCAAGUCCAGUGAUAAAUAAGAGAAGUAAAAACUGCACGAUCCUUUUUCAUUACCACAUGUAUGGACAUGGUAUCGGGGCGCUCACACUGUUCCAGGUGUCAGUCACGAACCAGACAAAGGUUCUACUUAACUUCACUGAAGAGCAAGGCAAUUUCUGGAGGAGAAAAGAAUUACCGCUGUUUGGUGAUGAGGACUUUCAACUCAAAUUUGAAGGCAGAGUUGGGAAAGGCUACCAUGGUCAUAUUGCACUGGAUGACAUUGUGCUUACGAGGAAUUGCCUGUUAUUCCACAGCUCCAGGAAGGAAGAUCCAGCUGCUCCUUUUACAACAGGUUACUGCCUGCCUGGCCAUCGGGAAUGUCAGAAUGGCAAAUGCUACAGACUGGAACAAAGCUGUAAUUUUGUAGAUGACUGUGGAGAUAAUACUGAUGAAAAUGAAUGUGGUGGCUCCUGUACUUUUGAGAAAGGCUGGUGUGGUUGGCAGAACUCCUUGGCUGACAAUUUUGAUUGGAUUUUGGGGGUUGGCUCUCAUCAAAGCCUACGACCUCCCAAAGACCACACACUUGGAAAUGAAAAUGGGCACUUCAUGUAUCUGGAGACUACACCUAUGGGCCUGCGGGGUGACAGAGCUCACUUUCAGAGCACCACGUGGCAAGAAUCCAGUGCUACCUGCACCAUGACCUUCUGGUAUUUCAUAUCUGCAAAAGCUACAGGGUCCAUUCGGAUUCUCAUUAAGACAGAGAAAGGACUAUCUGAAGUUUGGCAAGAAAGUACACAAAAUCCUGGUAAUCAGUGGCAAAAUGCUGUCAUCCUGCUAGGAAAGUUAAGGAAUUUUCAAGUCAUAUUUCAAGGUAUCAGAACAAAAGAUCUGGGAGGAGGAGCCGCAAUUGAUGAUAUUGAGUUUAGAAAUUGCACAACUGUGGGAGAAACUUCUAAGAUUUGCUCAGAACCCACUGAUUUUUUGUGCCAGGACAAGAAGUGCAUUGAAUCCCACUUUGUUUGUGACUACAAACCAGACUGCCUCGAUAGGUCAGAUGAAGUGCACUGUGGACAUUACACAAGCAUCCCUGGGAGCUGCAAUUUUGAAACCACUCCAGGAAACUGGACUGUAGCCUGCAGUCUUACACAAGAUGUUAAAGAUGACUUGGAUUGGACCAUUGGCAGUAGAAUUCCUUCUGAAGCAUGGAGCACAGACUCUGACCACACACCAGGUGAUGGUUACCACUUCCUGUAUGUCAACUCUUCCAAUUCCCAAGAAGGGUACACUGCAAGAAUCAUAACUGCCAAAUACUUCCCAGCAAGCCUCGGAAUGUGCACGCUUCGGUUCUGGUUCUACAUGGUCGAUCCCAAGAGUAUGGGGAUACUAAAGGUGUAUAUCAUUGAGGAAUCAGGGCUAGACAUCCUAGUAUGGUCAGAGAUUGGAAAUAGAAGAACUGGAUGGACAUAUGGGCUUGCAUCUCUCUCCAGUAACAGUCCAUUUAAAGUAGCAUUUGAAGCUGAUCUGGGUGGAAAUGAGGAUAUCUUCAUUGCCCUUGAUGACAUCUCUUUCACACCAGAGUGUGUUUCUGGUGAUUUUGCCACCGUGCAGCCCCCAGUCUGUGGAGCGGAUGAGUUUGCUUGUGUUUACACGCUGCAGUGUGUCCCCAAGUCAGGGAAAUGUGAUGGACGUGAGGAUUGCACAGAUGGCUCUGAUGAGCUAGACUGUCCUCUCAGACCCGCUCCUCAGCCCUGUGGAGACAUGGAGUUCCAGUGCUCUGCAGACCAGUGUAUCCCAUCCCUCCUUCUGUGUGACGGAGUGCCUGAUUGUCACUUUGAAGAAGAUGAAUCCAGCUGUGCCAAUAAGAGCUGCUUUAAUGGUGCCCUGCUGUGCACCUCUUCCAACAGCUGUAUCCCAGCCCACCAACGCUGUGAUGGCUUUGCGCACUGCGGGGAUUUCCACCUUGAUGAAUCUAGUUGCUCAGAGUGUCCAGUAAAUUAUUGCAGAAAUGGUGGCAUUUGUGUGGUGGAGAGAAAUGGUCCCAUGUGUCGAUGUUCACAGGAAUGGAAAGGAAAUCGAUGUCACAUCAAGUUCAAGCAUAGUAAUUCCACUUUUAUGUACACUCCUAAAGACCUGUGGAUCCUUCUGGGUAUUGGAUUUGCUUUCCUGAUGGCUCAUAUUGCAAUAGCCAUCUUGUGUUUUCUUGCAAACAGAAAAGUAUCAGUAAGGAAAACUGAGAGCAGUGGUAACUGUGCCUUUGUCAAUCCAGUGUAUGGCAACUGGAAAAACCCUGAGAAAAUCCAGAGUUCUGUAUACUCCUUCUCAAAUCCAUUUUACGGCAUGCCAACAACAAACCUGGAAUCUAUGUCUCAUCAUCUCAAACAGUAGAAUCAAGAUCAAGUUGGAGCCAACAUGAAAAUUCCACUAGAACCAUUAGAAAAUUCCAUUCUCUAAGCCAACUUAUAUAACAGUAAAAGGAGAAAAAAAUCAACUUACUGGUUCAUGAUAAUUACACAUUUUCAGAAUUUUUUCUUUCAGAAUAUAAUGAAUUAUAAUCAAUACUUUAUCUUCAGAUGAAUACUUUAAUGAAAUGUUCUUAAUUUGUUUUCCAUUGAUCACAUGGUGGUUGUUUAAGUGAUAAAUAUAAUUGUUUGAAAUCUUGAAUGUAAAGAUGUUUUAAAAUGCUUUUCUUUUUUGUGCUAUAAUUUAGAAACAAGAGCAAACCUACUUGAUAUGCAAACUAGCAAGAAAGAACAAAUCAUAAUCCACAUACACAGAGUAAAAUCUAUUUCUAUAUUUUGAAAAUAUGUGAUAAAUGGUUGUGUACUUACAUUUUUCAAAUAAUCAUUGGACCCUUUUUAUAGGUUUAAAAUAAUGUUAAAAUAGAAGUUAAGAAGCAUCACAGUAAAAGAAACUGAAAAACAUCUGAAUGACUUAAGUAAUGUACCAGGCAUCUUACGAAUCAUAAAUGAAGAAAUGCACACCUCUUUGAUUAUUGCAGUAUUUCUAGGACCUCAGCAAGAACCUUGGAUUUUUGACUUCUUUGCCCACACUCUAAGUUAGUUCCUCUGUAGAUUAGAUAAUAGUCACAUAAGAUGCAGCAUUAUUGUAUUAACAGUAAAGUUUAGAGACAGGAAACAGUACACAUCUACUUGCAUUUCAUAUUUUACACCUAGGAAAUCUUCCCAGCAUGCACUUCCAGAAACACACGGUUCUCAUUGGUCAGGCAAGGCAUUCUAAGCCAAUCAUUGAGAGAAAAAGAGGCCACUAUGAUGGCCCGAGUCUUCACUCUAUCAGGGAGUCGGACCUGUGGAGCACAUUGUAAGGUAGGUGGUGUAGGUACUGGAAUAAAACUAGAAUUAGAAAUGAUGAAGUUGUAUACAAUGCAAGUCUCUAUACCAUUUCAUAAGAGCACAGGCUUGCUUAGAAAUCAUUUUUAAUUAACUUUGCAGUAAAUCAACCUUAAAGUGUAUCUGAGUUAAUUUUUGAAUAAUACUGUUUUACUGUAUGUUAAUCUUUUUUUGAUUGCUACUUUCAUAAUAAUAAAAUUUCUGACUCAAAAAAAUAAUAUGAGAAAAGAUCAA